UUUUCGGUACCAGCCGUUAUGCAAGGCAAUACUAGAGAAUGAUUGGAAAGGUGUAGAAGAUCUCAUAAGUAAAGAUCCCCAGUCCUUAACCGCAAAUAUUAAAUAUUAUACUUACAUUGAGACCUUUUUCAACAUAAUUAUUCGAAAUUUAGAUGCCCCCAUUUGGCUUUUGGAAAAGCUUUCAUCAAAGGUCGCACCAGAAUUACUAGAAACAUUGGUUGAUUCCAGUGACCGGUCGCCUCUUUCCCAAGCUGCUGCAUACGGUAAUAUCAAGGCUGCACAAGUCUUUGUGAGAAGAAACAAAGAUUUACCAAACAUAAGAAACAGCCAAGGUGUACUUCCAAUUCACAUAGCAGCGGAGUAUGGCCACAAGGAAAUGAUUCAAUAUCUACUGUCAGUGACAAAAACAGCUUUGGAUAAUGACAAAGAUGUUGAGUUACUUCAAUCUCUGAUCAGAUCUAGUAUAUAUGGUAUAGCUUUAGAGUUGAUGAGGCAAUAUCCAAAGUUAUCUCGUGAGUUACAAAGCAAUGAGAGAGCAAGAAUUUUAGCAAUAUUGGCUAGUAAGCCUUCGGCAUUUGCAAGUGGGAGUCGGCUUGGAUAUUGGAAACGCUUAAUCUAUCAUUGGAUUCCUGUGCAAGAAGAACAUAUUCCUCACCCUCCAAGUGUGGAUGCAGACGUGGAGAAUUCCAUCGUGAUAUCACAGAAGUUUAAAAACUUCACAUAUGGAUCUACUCUUCAACAAAUCUUUUCAACAUUUGGUUUUUUUAGCCAAAAAUUACAUCUCGUGCUUUGGAAUUUCCUCUUGCAACUGGUCCCAGGAAUCAAAAGCAUGCGUGAUACAAAGCUAAUGCAUACACAGACACUUCAAAUAGCCAAAAUCAUGUGUCAUGAGGGAAUUACUUGGAGUGCAAAAGAGGGUAAUGAGACCUUAUGGUUCCCUGCUGUUACAGCUGUAAGAUUGGGGAUUUGUGAGCUUGUCCAUGAAAUUUCAAAGGCCUUCUACUAUUCGUAUAUUUUCAGAGAAAAUGGUCAUGGCUUAUUUCAUCUUGCUAUUCUACAUCGCCAAGAAGGAGUUCUAAAUAUCCUAAAUAAAAUUUAUUCUUUUGUAUGGGGUUUUGAAGUUGCCAUGACUAGUGUAAAAAGGGACAACAUUUUGCACAUAGCUGGAAGGCUGGGACCUUCAACUCAAGUAGCAGGUGCAGCAUUGCAGAUGCAAAGGGAGCUACAGUGGUACAAGGUUGUGGAAAGUUAUGUCCAUCCAUCCCUUCAAGAACAUCUAAAUUCUUCUGAUCAAACUCCUAGAGAAGUGUUUACUAAAGAGCACAAGGAUUUAUUGAAAGAAGGUGAAAAAUGGAUGAAGGAGACAGCUUCGUCAUGCGCACUUGUUGCUGCUCUCAUAAUCACAGUUGUCUUUGCAGCAGCAUUCACUGUACCAGGUGGUAACAACACAGUAGGGAUACCCAUGUUCUUGCAACAACCAUCUUUCUUAGUGUUUGCCGUAUCAGAUGCGCUUGCACUCUUUUCUUCUACCGCUUCACUGCUCAUGUUCUUGGGCAUCCUCACUUCACGUUAUGCAGAAGAGGAUUUUCUAAACUCCUUGCCUAAGAAAUUGAUUAUUGGCCUCAUAACCUUGUUUUUAUCUAUUGCAAGCAUGAUGGUAGCAUUUGGCGCAACUAUUUACUUAUUUCUUUCUCAUCCAUGGAAAUGGGUCAUUAUUCCAAUUUCCCUACUUGGAUGUGUCCCUGUGACUUUGUUUGCAAUGUUGCAGUUUCCUCUCUUGGUUGACAUGUUCUUAUCCACUUACGGACCUAGUAUACUUAAACCAAGGAAAGUAAGGAUGUAAUAAUAUUUAUUGUUCAG